AUGACUGGCUUCACGACUGACAUCACGUUUGACAUCAUGUCUGACAUCACGACUAAGAUCACAUCUUACAUCACAUCUGAUAUCACGACUGACAUCACGACUGACAUCACAUCCAACAUCCCUUCUGACAUCAGGACUGAAAUCACGACCGACAUCAUGUUGCUGUCUCAGAGCACAAAGGACAUGAUGGGUCCCUGUCAACCCAGCACUUUAGGUGAUGUUCAUCCACUGUCCCUGCUUAGCCUGAGCCACAGCCUUAGUACACCUUACUACUUCCUCCUGUCUACGUACCUGUUCCACUACCAGUCUCCUUCUAUCUUUAGGACCUGCUUUGUUCCAUGCCGGUCUACCUGGGCCAAGCCCCAGGCCUCCCCGACCUAUCUGGACAUUGCCUACAAUCUCAGCAUGCCUAAGAGCUGCCUCUGCCUCCUCUACUGCCUGUCUUGGAGGCUGAGAGCCACGGGUGGAGGAGUUGGUGUCCUGGGUGGUGGUGUCCCCCUUCCUGGUGUGCUGUGUUUCCCUGGUCAAGGUUCCCCCUUCAUGUCCGUGAGAACGACAGUGAGGAGUGUCACACAGAGAGCAGAUUUCUCAGAGUCUGGUCGGUGGGACGUAGUGACCGUCACUAGGAACGGAGACGAGGAGAGACACGUGUUUGACACUGUUCUGGUGUGUUCAGGUCACUACACGCAUCCAGCCCUACCUCUGACGGACUUUCCAGGAAAUGAGAAGUUUUCAGGAAGCUGUAUGCACAGCUGGGAGUUUAAAGAUGCAGACGCCUGCAGAGGGAGGAAGGUGGUGGUGGUCGGGAUCGGAAACUCUGGAGGAGACAUCGCAGUAGAGAUCAGCAGAUCUGCACACAAGACGUUCCUGAGUACUCGCCAGGGCGCCUGGGUCAUCGGCAGGAUGUCCAGUAACGGUCUACCCCUCGACAUGACCGCCAUCACCCGGGUGAAUAACGUCCUCAUGAAGCUUCUUCCUAAGACUCUCACCAACUGGGCAGCGGAGAGAUCACUGAACCAAAAAUACGACCACCGACUGUACGGCCUGCAGCCCAAACACGGACUUCUGAGCAGACGUCCUCUCAUCAACGACGAUCUCCCCGGUCGGAUCCUUCAGGGAGCGCUCGUCAUGAAACCCAACAUUCAGAGGUUUACAGAGUCCGGGGUGGAGUUCGCCGACGGCUCUGUGGAGGAGAACAUCCACGCCGUGGUCUUCUGUACAGGAUAUAAAGGAACGUUCCCGUUUCUGCCUGCGGCUCUGACCGAGGGGCCACACGGAGAUAUCGCACUCUACAAACGAGUGUUUCCUCCCUCGCUGACUCCGCCCACGCUGGCUGUCAUGGGUUUGUUCCAGACCAAAGGACCCAUCAUGCCUGUGGUGGAGAUGCAGGCCAGGUGGGCAGUGAAGGUGUUCACAGGUCUGAGUCGUCUGCCUCCUGAGGAGAAAAUGCUGGAAGUCAUCGAGUCUGAGAGGAAGAGAAACAUGAAAAGCUAUCCGUGCCCUCGCCUGGCUGCUCUGCAGGUGGAUUACAUCUCUUACCUGGACUUCAUGGCUGACCAGGUUGGAGUUCGACCAAACCUUCUGACGCUCCUGCUGACUGAUCCUGUGCUCUGGAUGAGGGUCUUCUUUGGUCCGGUCUCUCCGUAUCAGUACCGCCUGGUUGGACCUGGACGCUGGGCCGGAGCCCGUCAGGCGAUCCUGACUCAGUGGGAGCGGGUUCAUCAGCCUUUCAGGACAAGAGCAGUACCAGAACCAGACAGCAGGCCGUCUAUGCUCAGCUCACUGUGGAUGCUCAUGUUUGGAGGAUCUGUGGUCACUGCUGUACUUCUGGCUCUGCAGGGUCCAGAUCAGAUUCUGGAUCGAUGUAAGACUCUGAUGAGGGACUCCUGGCUCACUGGAUAAAGACAGGCUGACAUCUGGGUCCAGGAGGAACUUUAGGAAACAGAGGCUCUCAACCGUGUUAAAUGAACAGAGGUUGAUUACUGAACCACAUUUAAAAUAUCCAGAAACAACCAAAGAGGGAGCACAGGACUGAGGAUUUCAGAGUUCUUGUGUGGUUAUUGAAUCUAUCAUUGGAUAACAGCCUUUAGCUGCACCUGGAAACCUGUUUGUAUGUAGAGAGAAAUAAAGUAAGAGCAGCAAAAGUGACAGAAAAGUCAUGAUUUGGAUUACUGGUGUCCUACGAAGUCUGCAGUACUGUGCAGACUUUACAGUGGACUUUCUUUAGUGUUUUAUGGGACGUGCCUGCCAAGAUCUUCUGUGAGUUGAAACACCAAAUAGACUGUAUGACAUAUCCAUAGUGUGAGAUAUAUUUACAUCCAUCCAAAAAAAAUCUACAGUGUCUGGGAACAGCAGAACCUUUCAAAAUAAAACUCAGAGGGUGAUUGGACAAACUUUCUUUCCAUUACAUUUCUUACAGGACAAUAACAGCAACAAAACAUAUUGUGGUGUGAUCAUUCGAUCACUUCUCUGUGUCACAUGUGUUGUCAUUGGCUGUAAAAAGAACCCAACAGGUGUUGUAUGACGUGGUAAAUAUGUACCCGCACCAAGGAGUAAACUCCAUCCCAUGAUCUCAACAGGUAGCUGUUGUCAUCAAUCCAGGAUUGUUCACUAUCAGUGGGGCCAGCCGUUUAAGCCAGGAGAAGAACAUGAACAUCAUUUCCACCAAGAAAAUCUUCCAGUGUGGCUCUUUGCUCUUCUUUAAUGAAGAAAUGUCCACAUCUGAUCAAACUGCUGCUACAGCUGCGUCCACGCUAAUCACUUCAACGGCCGCCAUUGUUUACAGGAUUGGGGUCACUACAGGGAAGCCACGCCUGUAGCUACCGCCUCUUUGUCUUCAAAUGACCCUGAUUGGUCGGGUCAUUUUCUAACCAGAAACAGGAGUACCAGCGCAAAACUUUUGAACAGAGAUCGGCCCCGGUUCUCAGUGCCAAAGGGCCAAACUGUGAGAUAUUCUCAAUUUAACCAUUUUGAUUCUGAAUAAAGUAAUAAAAGGGCGAAUCUUUUGGUUUCAGAACAAUUUAUUAUACCAACAUAUGUUUUUAAACUCAAGUGCAAAUAGAAAUGAUUAAUUUGAUGAGUUAAAAACAAAAUUAAAUCAAUUUCAAGCACAUUUGUAGAUGCAUAGAUAAUAAUUACUGUUUUGUUUUGUUUUUUAAAUAAAGUACUACAGGCUCAAUGCAGGUAAAUAAACAAACACACUAUUUAAAGCCCUAACAUGCAGAACAUUAAAGAAAAGAGAUGUUAAGAGGGAAACAGGACUGGUUUUCAGCAUAGGAAACAGAAGCUGGGUAAGCCGAUCUGUGUAUCAUUCAUUCAUUUAAUAUUUAAUUGAUAAUUGAAUAACAAAUAUUGAAAAAUAGGUCAUUUGUUUUCAUUUCUGAAACGAAAUCGAAUAAUCAAGAAAUGAUGCGUCUUUUUGACUUUUGCUAUUAAUGUUGGAAUCAGAGAAUGUAAUGUGAAAAAACAGGCAGAAGCAGUUUGUAUGAUUGCAAUAUUGGUUUGUGUAACCUGGUGCAGGUGUUGUGCUCAGUAAAGCAUCCUGAAAAUCACGUGCCUAUCGCUGAGGAGUUCACGCUUCCUGGAAUGAUAUACAGAACACAAACAUGGCACUGAGUUCGGGCGCACUGUACUGUGCCUGGGUACGUUUGAGCCUAAAAGUCCAGUACAUUUGACCAGCAUGAGUACACUCCUCUGUGCUUGGACGCGGCAUGCUUCCCCGGCUCCAGCACAGAAGGACAGGGUGGACCAAAGCAUGGCACGAAUGCAAAUGAAGCAGCACAAGUGUGGGAACGUGACUCGAUGCUGGUGUUUGUGUUUAUAGACACUAUAUAUUACCCUAUAUACACGUAUAUUAUGUCUAUGUUUGUACAUCAUUCCAGGAAGCGUGAACUCCUCAGCUAUGGGCAUGUGAUUCUCAGUUUGGCUGUUUGGCUCUGGUGCCUUGUUUCCCAACCAUUCUUCCUUGGAGCCCCCACAACAUGUACUUAAAAAAGCCCCUGCAGGACUCAAGAGAAAAGAAAAAGUGGCAUGCUGCUGUCAAAAAACAACACAGAUUUGAACUGUUUAACUGAUGAAACCCUUGAAAAAGGCCCAUGCAUGCUUUUCUCAUUGACAGACCUUUGUAUGAACUACUUAAUAACUGCUUUAUCAUGGUUUUAGUCAAUAAUUGCAUAUCUGAUUUUGGCAACCUCAGAGUAGACAAAGUCUCACACCCCCCCUAAUAUAUCUGCUCCCCCAGGGGGUUCCAGACUCCAGGUUGAGAACCAGUGUUCUAGCAGGCAUGGCUUCCUUCAAGUUCAGUUUUAGUUGAGCUGGGUUAUAACUCAAAAACGAUGACUAGUUUAAUUCAAGUCUGUGGGAGUGGGUUUGCUGUAGAGUCAGAGUUAGCAUCAUCUCAUUCUGAGUGGCAGCCCCCAGUACCCCGGUACCCGGGACACCAGUUAAAGGUGACACUGUCGCAGCUUCACGCGGACAAUCAAGUGAUGUUUCACACAGCUUAACCCAUUGUUAAUUUCCCACAUGAAAACCAGUCAAAAAUAAUAGUGAGAAGAAAAGAAGAGGAACUUUAUUAUCAUGCCAAUCCUUCCUAACACUGAGGCUGACAUACAGUAAGGCAAAGACUUGGCAAGUAAUCUGCCUGAGGGCUAACCUGACACG